UCGUGCAGUGAGCUCCACACGUGGGUCCGGUGCUGGCUGAGCAUGUCCGGCCUGUUUAUCAAGAAGAGACCGGAGGGCCCCGGGAAGAAGCGGCGGGGGGAGGUGAAAGAUGCAGAAGCCAAAAAGAAGAAGAAGAAAUCGGUGAAUCUGAGGGAGGAGAUCGAGAGCGACUCAGACACCGAAGUAGCCCCGACUCGCAGGAAGAAAGAACAUGUGGAGGAGGAGCUGGAGGAGACGGCUCAGGAGAAGAAGCUGCGGCUGGCUAAGGAAUACUUGCAGCAGUUGAAGGAUCAAGAGGAGGAGAGGUUGGAGGAUGAGAGCGAGGACGUCAUCGCCCACAGACUGCAGGAGAAUGUGCUGGAACAGCGAGGGAAACUGCAGCGCCCUCUGGCUAAGGAGUUGCUUCCUCCGAAACCUGCAGACAUUCGUCUCUUACGGGGUCACCAAGGACCGAUCACCUGCCUGGUCAUCACACCAGAUGAUAAACAUGUCUUCUCCGGAUCCAAAGACUGCUCCAUUAUCAAAUGGUCCAUAUCUGAUGGAAAGAAGGUCCAGAAAAUCCUGGGGGGUCGGAAAGGCUGCGAGGACCAGCACAUAGGACACACUGCCCACAUCCUGUGCAUGGCCCUGUCAUCUGAUGGCAAAUAUCUGGCGUCUGGAGAUCGGAAUAAACUGAUCUUCAUCUGGAACGCAGAGACCUGUCAGAACCUCCAUAAGUUCCAGGGGCACCGGGACGCUGUGUCCGCGCUCUCCUUCCAGAAGGGAACUUACCAGCUGUUCAGUGCAUCCCACGAUCGUUCCGUCAAGGUCUGGAAUGUGGCCGAGAACUCGUACAUAGAGACCUUGUUUGGUCACCAGGAUUGUAUCACCGGCCUGGACAGUCUGAGUCGAGAGCGCUGCGUCACAUCUGGGGGCAGGGACGGAACGGUGAGGGUGUGGAAAAUUGUAGAGGAGACGCAGCUUGUGUUCAGCGGACAUGAUGGAUCCAUAGAUUGCAUCCGGCUCAUAAAUGAAGAACAUAUGGUGUCCGGAGCUGAUGACGGGUCUCUGGCUCUAUGGAACGUGUCUAAAAAGAAGCCUCUGGCACGGAUGAGGUGCGCCCAUGGGAGCCACGGAGAAGCCGGCCUGGAGCAGCCAUAUUGGGUGUCGGCCGUGGCUGCGGCUCUGAAUAGCAAUGUGGUUGCAUCGGGGUCCCAUGACGGCAACGUGCGGAUCUGGCAAUGCGCGGAGGGUUUCCGGGGCCUGAAACCACUUUACACGAUUCCCUUGGUCGGCUUUGUGAACAGUUUACAGUUUUCCAGCUCGGCGGAUUUCCUGGUUGCUGGAGUUGGGCAGGAACACAGACUCGGACGAUGGUGGCGAUUAAAACCAGCCAAAAACGGACUCUACAUCAUUCCGUUCGAGAGGAGGCAGCCGCUCGCUGACGCCUCCUGACUUCUCUGCCGUCCUCACUUCUGUUACCGUUGCUGGACUGUUAAAUAUGCACAUUUUAUUGUAUAAAUUUUCUGA